AUGACGCUCCUGCGCUUGUCGUCGCUGUCUCUGCGCCCGCGCGCGCUGCUGCAGGCGCGCUGCCUGUCGACGCACGGCCACCCGUUCGUGUUCGAGUCGCGCCACGAGUAUAUGGAGUACCUGCAGACGCACCAGAGCCGCCUGCCCUGGGGCUUCUCGGUGGCCACCACCAAGUUCGACUUCAUCUCCAACGUCUGCGCCAGCGGCGGCGGCGUGGCCGACGCCGAGGAGGUCUGCGAGAACCUGGCCAAGCACCUGCGGCUCGAGGGCGGCGCCCAGGUGAUCCCGUGCUCCACGGGCGUCAUCGGCUGGCGCAUCCCCGUGGACUCCAUGGUCGAGAACCUGCCCAAGCUGGUGAACAACCUGCAGUCCGAUUCGGUGCUGCCCGCUGCUGAGGGCAUCAUGACCACCGACCUGUACCCCAAGAUCCGCUCCAUGGACGUGUGCGGCGGCCGCAUCGUGGGCAUCGCCAAGGGCGCCGGCAUGAUCGAGCCCAACAUGGCUACCAUGCUGUCGUACAUUCUCACGGACCUGUCGAUCCCGCGCGACGUGCUGCGCCAGCUGCUGACCGAGGUGGUGGGCGACACGUACAACUCGCUCAGCGUCGACACGGACCAGAGCACGUCCGACACGGUGACGCUCGUGUCGUCGGACCAGAUCCCGUUCGACAUGACCAAGCUCGACGAGUUCAAGAAGGCGCUGCACGAGGUGUGUCUCGGUCUGAGCGAGGACAUCGUGCGCAACGGCGAGGGCGCGCACCACGUCAUGCGCGUGCGCGUGCGCGGCGCCAUGACCAAGGAGAUGGCCAAGGGCGUGGGCAAGUCGGUGGUCAACUCGCCGCUGCUUAAGUGCGCCGUGGCCGGCAACGACCCGAACGUGGGCCGCCUUGUCAUGGCUGUGGGCAAGUACAUGGGGCUGCACCACAAGGACGUGGACAUCCAGCGCCGCAUGACGAUCCGCAUGGGCGGCGUCGUCAUCUUCGAGAACGGCGAAAUGGUGCUGAACGACGAGAUCGAGGCCAAGCUCGUGGCCCACAUGCGCGACGCGAUGCUGAUCGAGCCCACCCGCGGUGGCCUCGACGCCAGCUCGCACAACUACCCGCCGCACGGAAAGUUUGUUGAGAUGGAGAUUGACCUGGGUGUUGGCUCGGAGGAGACGCAGGUGCUGGGCAUCGACCUUACGCACGAGUACGUGGCCAUCAACGCCGACUACCGCUCGUAAAUUGCUCCAAUUAGACGUGGAUUAUCGUCAACGACUGGGUUGAAGCCGCUAAAUCGUGCAACUUGCGGGUGGAUGCGGGAGUGCUGACCUG